AUGAAACAGGUAGAUCUCAUCUUUUUCACCAUAGUCCUCCUCAUUAACCCAUGUUUGCUGGUGCUAUCACAAAAUGCAGAAUCCUGCAACAGCAUUGUCGACUUCAAUGAAAUGGUCAACUUUGACACAACUGCCAUGUUCUGCCAAAAUGUCUGGACCUCCAAAGACUACGUUCUUCGGUAUGUACAAGCACAACCAGGGCUAUGGAGCUUCCUGCUCUCAGCACCGAACACGGACUCAUGGCUUGGGAUUGGUUUCUCAACCAAUGGGCUGAUGGUCGGCUCCAGUGCAAUGGUGGGCUGGGUCUACAGGAAUGGGACAGCAGUCAUCAAGCAGUACUACUUGCAGGAUAAAGACCCUGAGAAGGUGGAGCCUGAUGCAGGUGACCUCACUGUGACGGAGAAUUCGACAGCAGUGUUUGUUGAGUCAAACCGCAUGUACCUAGGUUUCCAGCUCAAUACAGCUCAUCCUCGCAGUGAGCUGCUCUAUGCCGUGGGGCCCUAUGGCCGGCUGCCAUUAGCCAAUGACGGGUUAAGGUUGACUCAGCACCGAGAAACAGGCAGCGCCUCGUUGGAUUAUACUACAGGGAGAAGCAGCACAAAAGACAGCCCAUAUACUGGAAUAAAAAGGACCCAUGGUGCUCUAAACAUGCUAGGAUGGGGAAUCUUGUUGCCAAUUGGAGCAAUAGUUGCUAGGUACUUCAGGCAGUGGGAUCCAAUCUGGUUUUACUCGCACAUGGCAAUCCAGAUCUUCGGCUUCCUAUUUGGACUAGUCGGCUUUGUCUUAGGGUUUGUAGUUAAGGAUUUUUUAAGGGCACAAGUUACACACCACAAGAACAUUGGUAUCCUAAUUCUGAUACUCGGCUGUCUUCAGGUAAUGGCUGUCUUGAUUAGACCAAAGAAAGGAUCAAAGCCGCGGAAAUACUGGAAUUGGUACCACCAUAAUGCAGGGAGGAUCUUGGUUAUCUUUGCAAUCUCAAACAUAUUCUAUGGAAUUCGUUUGGGUAUGGAGGGCUCCAGUUGGUAUGGUACCUACGCAGUGAUUGUUGCACUUAUGGUUAUUGUGGCUAUUAUCUUGGAAAUCAGGUUAUGGAGACAAAGAUAAUUUUGUAUGUCUUGCAGUCCAAACUCUAACAAUACUUGUUAUUAUGGCGAUCCUGAUGAGUGUGAUGAGAUAGGAAGUAACUUUUUUGUUAUUCUCAUAGAUAACAUGUCACCAAACAUUUCUUUUGUGA